AUGUAUCAACCUCAAUAUGGCGUGCCCCAACAGGGCAUGCAGCAGGUUCCAUACGGCAUGCCCGGAAUCCAGGCAGCGGCAAUGGCUGCAACGGCCGCCGCGUCUGGCUCGAACUACCCCUACAUGCACUCGGACCCAAACAUGCCCCAGACCUCACCGAGGAUGGCCGACGGCUCUAAGAAGGACAACCGCCAGUCUCCUCGGAUGAACAGCAUGUCUCAAAUACCAGGGCGGCGAAUGAGCCAAGUCACAAGUCCCGGCGUACCGACAGGCCCCGGGAUGAUGGGCCACGGCGCUCCGCGUCCCGGGGUGGCACCACCGCAGAUGCCCCCGGGCGCGGGCAUGCCGCACCCGCAAUCUCCUGAGAUGCCCUCCGGCGGCGCGGAAGAGUCGCCGCUAUAUGUCAACGCGAAGCAGUUCCAUCGCAUCCUGAAGCGGCGCGUCGCGCGGCAACGCCUGGAAGAGCAGCUGCGGCUGACAUCCAAGGGCCGCAAGCCGUACCUGCAUGAGUCGCGCCAUAACCACGCCAUGCGCCGGCCUCGCGGGCCUGGCGGCCGCUUCCUGACGGCUGAGGAAGUGGCAGCGAUGGAGCGAGACGCUAAAGGCGGCGACGACGCUGCCAAGUCGGAGGGCGGAGAUGCGGCUGCUGCCAAAUCCACGGACUCUGCAGGUACGAAGCGCAAGUCUGUAGCCGGGUCUGGGUCCCCUAAUAAGAAGUCGAAGACAAGCACCAAUAGCCCCGACGACGCCGGCGAAGACGACGGUUGA